AUGGAAUGGUAUAUUUCAAUUGCAGCGUCUUUGCUCAAAAUCCUGUCACAAAAAUUAGUAGAUCUCGCUAGCACCGAGAUCAGUUACAUACGAAAGGUGGACGAGAAUCUCAGGUCACUGAUCACAAGUUCUGAGAGGGUGCAGCACAAGCUUAAUCAGCUUCAUGAUGACGCGCGCUUCAAGGUGCACUUGAGGGAGUGGCUGCGAGAUGUGACCAAGCUAUUCUACGAGGUGGACGACAUAAUUGAUGGCAUAAGCCUUGACAUAAUGAAGGAGAAUCACAUUAUUAAUCAGCAGCAGCAACUGGCUAUUAUAAAAGAGCAGGAGUGCCGCAGCUUUUUUUACUUGAUGUUACAAAGAAGUAUCUCUAGGAGGAGUAAUGCUGCUGCUAACCAUCGUCAUCCUAACACAGAGAUCGAAACACAGUUUCGACGUAGCAAGUUGGCAUCAUUGAAGAAAUGGAGGUUGCCUCGUAAUAUAAAAGCUCUCAAAGACAAGUUGAAGAAGAUAGACAGGGAGGUGGAUGGCCUAUUUCAAGCUGCUGCUACUAGUAACCGGGGUAACAGUAGUUCAACUGCUGCUUAUUCUUCUAGCCAUCCACAAGGACCGCUUGCACGAGCAAGAGAGGAAGACAAUCGAACCAUAAUGCAGAAGUACUUGCUCAAUCCUUCUUUUACUGGGAAGGGUGUUUGCAUUAUUGGCAUGUCAGGCUUAGGAAAAACAACACUUGCUCGAUUCAUUCAGAACGAUGCCAGGAUCAGGGAAGAGUUUGUUUCUGUUAAAUGGGCUUCUGUGCCGGAUGAUUUCAAUUCUACCAGCCGCAUCAUUGUUGAACCAUGUAUGGAUUGUCAUGUGGCUUAUGGAUAUCCUGUUACAGGGCCACCACAAAAAGGAAGAACCUUGCUCGUGUUGGAUGACAUGUGGAAUGUGCAUCACAUGGCUUGGAGUACAUUGCUCUCCAAUCAAAAUUCUGAAACUAUCUUUCUUAUCACUACUCGUGAUCCUAUGGUUGCUUCUGUAACUGCUACAACUCCAUACUAUAUUAACCGAUUGUCUGACAAGGAUUGCAGGGAGUUGAUUUUGGAAGGGUUGGAUGCAUGUCUAGGCAGUCUAUCUGGUCGAUAUAUUCACAGUAUUUCUGAAAUAGCCAAAAAAUGUGCAGGUUUACCUCUGGUGGCUAAGUGGUUCAGUUUAGCGAUAACAGCUGGGUGCCUCUUACAGGGGUCAGAAGCCGCCAUUUCACAUUUUCAGGAAACGGACUUGUGGGAUUUGAGGGAGUUUCCUGAUCAAAUCUUACCAAGGUUAAGAUUCAAUGACCCUGUUAUGCCACCAGAGUUGAGUAAGUUUCUUGCUUAUUUAUAUCUCUUCCCUAAUGAUUAUUACUAUAAAAAAGAUGAGCUCUCGCAACUGUGGAUAGCUGAAGGUUUUGUAACACCGGAGGAGUGGACUACCUUAGGCCUGAAAAAUGCAGGACAACAUUUUGAUGAUCUAUUGUCAAGGUCUAUGUUACAUGUCUCACAUUACUCCACAGAAGAAGAUAAAAUGACUACUUGUAAAAUUCAUGAGUUUACUCAUAGGUUUGCUAAGAGUUUAGCUUCCAACCUAAGCCAUCAUCAAAUGAAGGAUGAUGGUGACCGACCAUUCCUUCCUACAAAACCCGUCCACCAUUUGUCACUAUGCUAUCAAAACAUAGAACCACAUCACUUAAAGGUCAUUGAAGCAUUCUACACCCACUUAAGGACAUUUCUUUUGUUGCCUAAACAAAGAGCCAACCUCAGUGAAGUCCCUGAGUCUUUAUUUCAUAAAUUGAGGUCAUUACGUGUACUGAGCCUAAACAGAUCCCUAAUACAUACUCUUCCUAGAUCAGUUUGUAAACUUGUACACCUUCGUUACCUAGAUGCAUCUGAUACCCCAAUCCAGAGUUUGCCAGAAACAACCUGUGAACUCCUUGGUCUGCGCGUCAUAAAGCUUAGAUACUGUCCAAAUCUUCUUCAGCUGCCUAGCAGAAUCUCGAACCUAGUUAAUCUAAUCCGUCUUGAUGUGGAUAUCAACAAUUUGCGUUCCACACCACCUUACAUAGGAAGGUUAACCAACCUUCAAGCCUUAGAUGCUUACAUUGUGAAGAAUAGAGAAGGAUAUCGUAUCACUGAACUAGGGAACAUGAAUAGGAUCCGCGGGUCAAUCAAGAUAAUGGAGCUUGAAAAUGUUCAAUAUUCGGGAGAAGCUGAGAAUGCCAAACUACGCCUAAAACCCCACCUUAAAAAACUGGAGUUGCAUUGGACAGACACAACAAUGCGAGUACCAUCGAUGGUAAGAAUCCUCAAUAUGCUUCAACCUCAUAAUAACUUAACAGAACUUCGGCUGACAAACUACAGUGGAGCUGCAUUUCCAAGUUGGCUUUGUAGUAGUUCGUGUCAUCUGAAGGUCAUUCGUCUGUACAAUUGUUCAUACAUCACUGAACUUCCAACAUUUUGGAAGCUUCCACUUCUGCAAACUCUUUCCAUUGAUACAGCACGCGGUUUGGUGCAACUAGGCCGCCAAUUUUUUGGGGAUGUAAACCACAGCAGGUUCCCACAUUUGGAGUUGUUAGAACUUCAGAACAUGCCAGGACUUACUAGGUGGGAAGGAUUGAAGCCUGGGGAUAUGCCUCAUCUUCGCGAGCUGAGGUUUGUCAACUGUCCUGCAUUGUCUGUCUUGUCUACUUUGCGACACUUAACUUCACUCAAGAAUUUAGAAAUCGUAAACUGUCCAAAUCUAGAAACAGAACCAGAUCUUCCUAUGGGGGUUGAUAGUUACAAUUUUUGA